GAGAAAAUCCCACCAUAAGUAGGGCACCUUCUAGAUUGCUCCUGGGGUUAUAGAGACAGAAAUCUCUGCUAUCCAAAUCAGCAGGAUCCAGCAAAGGAAAUCAUGAUUUUACAAACAUGGGGAAAAAAGUCCAGCUAAGACCCAAGGUGAAUGUCUCUUCUUACAUCCAUUUUAUGAUAAAUUUCAGAAACAAAUUCAAGGAGCAACAGCCAAACACCUACCUUACCUUUAACGAAUUCUCUAGAAGGUGUUCAGAAAAAUGGAGGUCCAUCUCGAAAAAUGAAAAGGCAAAGUUUGAAGCCAUAGCCAAACUCGACAAAGCCCGGUACCAGGAAGAAAUGAUGAAUUACGUGGGCAAGAGAAGAAAGAGAAGAAAGAGGGACCCAUUGGCACCUCGGAAGCCUCCAUCCUCCUUCCUGCUCUUCUCCCUGGACCACUUCGCCAAGCUGAAGCAAGAGAACCCCAGCUGGACAGUGGUAGAGGUGGCCAAGGCUGCCGGGAAGAUGUGGUCCAUGAUUACAGAUGUGGACAAAAAACCCUAUGAACAGAAGGCCGCAAUUAUGCGGGCAAAGUACUUCCAGGAGCGGGAGGCCUACCUCAGCCAAUGCCAGAACAGUAAGAUCAACCUCCAGGGAUCGUCCAAAAGCAGUUUGAAAGAAUAAAAUGUCAUUCAACUGGC